CAUCACUGGCUGAGGUAAACUCAUUCAGUCCUUCAAUGCCAAUAUCCCCUUCAUCAAUGAUAAACCAGUAUAAAUUUGAAGAUGAACCAGAAUUAAGAGAUCUCUUCAUUACAGUCGAUGAUCCUGAAAGCCACAUUACAGCCAUUGAAACAUUUAUUACAUACAGAGUAGUCACAAAGACGUCUCGUGGUGAAUUUGACUCCAGUGAGUAUGAAGUUCGAAGACGAUAUCAGGAUUUCCUUUGGUUGAAGAGCAAACUUGAAGAAGCACAUCCAACAUUGAUUAUUCCUCCAUUGCCUGAAAAAUUCAUAAUGAAAGGAAUGGUGGAACGAUUUAGUGAUGAAUUCAUUGAGACCCGAAGAAAAGCUUUACAUAAAUUUUUGAACCGUAUCGCUGAUCAUCCAACUUUAACUUUUAAUGAAGACUUCAAAAUUUUUCUUACUGCGCAGGCCUGGGAACUCUCCUCACACAAGAAGCAGGGUCCCAGUUUGCUGAGCAGGAUGGGACAGACCGUCAGAGCUGUAGCAUCCUCAGUAAGAGGAGGAGUUAAAAAUCGUCCUGAAAUGUUUACAGAAAUUAAUGAUUACAUGGAAACAUUUAGUCAGAAAAUAAAUGUACUAGACAAAAUAGCUCAUAGAAUUUACAAGGAAGAAAAAGAAUAUCUUAAUGAAAUGAAGGAAUACGGCCCCAUCCACACACUCUGGUCAGCAUCGGAAGAAGAUAUAGCAGACUGCCUAAAAGGUGUUGCCAGCUGCAUCGACAAGUGUUGCAAGGCUACGGAGAAGCGAAUGGCAGGGCUCUCGGAAAACCUGCUGCCGAUUUUACAUGAAUAUGUUCUCUACAGUGAAAUUCUAAUGGGUGUUUUGAAAAGGAGAGACCAAAUUCAAGGCGAGCUCGACUCCAGAGUUGAUGCUUUAGCCAAUAAAAAGACAGAAAAGGAUCUGUUCUCAGAAGAGAUUGGGAAGCUUGAAGACAAAGUCGAAUGUGCCAAUAAUGCUCUGAAAGCGGAUUGGGACAGGUGGAAGCAAAACAUGCAGUGUGAUAUGAGAUCAACGUUUAUUAAUGUGGCUGAGAAUAAUCUCCGUUACUAUGAAGAGUGCCUUGCUACAUGGGAGUCCUUCCUGGCAUCUCAAACAGUGGAUCUUCAUGUGGAAGAAGAUUCUGAAGACAGGCCUUGAGUAGUAUCUCUGCUUGAUCUCUGCCUUUUCCAUGCAGUUUCUCCAAACCAAAGAAGUGCUUUAUACAAGAGCAGAUACAUUAUGAAAUUUAACUGUUAAAAAUCAGUGAAAUGCAGGAACCAGCUUAUUGAAAACUCAGGUAUUUUAGUCCUGAAAUACAUUUUGGAAAAUGCUAUAUAUUGCUUUAUAUUGCUUAACUGUGAUUUUCAUAUUUUUAUGCAAGUGUUUGCAUACAAUUGUUUUCAUAAAUAUUGCAUAAUUUGGAUAUAAAAUAUUUUAAAUAUGUAAAAACCCUCCAUUUUAAUAAAAAGUUUAAUGAGGAAAG